AUGGCGAUAUUGGGAACCGAGACCGAGACAGGAGACCUUGGCGAUAAUAAUCACCACCCUCAAGCUCCGUCCGACGAGCCCAAUGAGCUCCGCGAAGAUCAGCCACUUCUCGGCGAUCAUGAAUGUGCAAAAUGGAAGGCUCCCCGGGGUUUUGUCUGGAUCCAAGUCGCUCUAAUGAGCAAUGUCUUUCUCAACGCGUUUGAUGGCACAAUUACAGCUGCCACCUACGCUGUAAUCAGUUCAGAAUUUAAUGCCGCCAACACUGCUUCCUGGUUGACUACGUCGUAUCUAAUUACAAGCACUGCUCUUCUGCCACUCUAUGGUCGGGUAUCGGAUAUUUUUGGUCGCAGAAUAUGCUUUUUCGUAUCUACUAUCACCUUCGCGAUAGGCUGCCUAGGAUGCGGUCUUGCUGGCGACAUUAUUACACUCAACAUUAUGCGGGCGCUGACGGGCUUGGGAGGCGGAGGUUUGAUGACUAUGGCGACAAUCGUCAAUUCAGACAUGAUUCCAUUCCGUAAGCGAGGUAUAUAUCAAGCUAUGCAGAAUGGCAUCUUUGGCCUUGGAGCAAUAUGCGGAGCAUCAUUGGGCGGGAGUAUCGCAGACAAGAUAGGCUGGCGAUGGUGUUUCCUCCUGCAGGUACCAGUUUCUGUUUUCGCUCUGGCUGUCGGUGUCCUCGCAGUGAAGAACCAGGCAGGGGGCUUCUUGUUUGCGGGCGAGGGUUUUGGUGCGGCCUGGAAACGGGUGGACUUCUUUGGCGCUUUGGUCCUAGUUUUCGCUAUCUCAACUCAACUUCUCGGUCUUAGUCUGGGCGGAAACAAAUUUCCGUGGACCAGUCCCUGGGUCAUAGGUGCUCUGAUAGGGAGUAUUCUGUUGUUUGCUGCAUUUUUCGUCAUUGAGGCCAAAACAUCAGCAAUACCAAUCAUACCACUUCGAAUGCUACGGGGAAGACUGCCAGUCGCUACUCAGAUUGCCAACGUUUGCGCUGGUCUAGCUGCUUACGGAUUUCUCUUUAUGCUACCACUUUUCUUCCAGGUUGUUUUGCUGGAAUCUGCUACCAAAGCUGGCACGCGGCUUAUUAUUCCCUCGCUGGCCACUCCUACGGGGUCCUUGGCGGCUGGAAUAAUUAUGUCGAGAUGGGGAAGGCUUGUAGGCCUGAUACGUUCCGGAGCCAUUCUAAUGGCUCUAGGCAAUGGCUUGCUCUGUUCUCUCGGCUUUACUGACUCCAUGUGGAAGUACUUUGUCUACAUCUUCCCAGCUAACCUUGGACAAGGAAUCAUAUAUCCAUCCAUAUUAUUCACAUCACUUGCUUCCUUUGAUCACGAGGUGUGGGGGGUGUCCAUCACCUCUGCUAUAGUUCAAACCACACUCAGCUUCCGGCUGCCAGAUUCUCUAGGCGACAUACCAGACAAAUGGAGAAUUGUAGACGAGAUUCGACACUCAGUCGAUAUAAUACACAAAUUACCUUCUCACACACAACUACAGGUUCGUCUUGUUUAUUACGAUGGGCUGCGCUAUGCCUUUGCAGCGUCAACAGCGGCGGCCGUGACAGCGGUAAUUGCAUCUUUUGUAGCCUCUGCAACUAGACUACGUAGCACUCACUGAAAGUAUACUUGAUCAGAGAUGCCUUUACAAAGUAGUAAUCCACGG